AUGAGUAAAAAUCAAUAAAAAUAAUAGCCAACACCUCAACCAACAUAAUAAGCUAAUAAAAGUUAGGUAUAAUAAGCUUCAGCAGCAACAAAAGGAAAAGAUCCUGCUCCAGUAGUAUCUUAAUAACCAGUUGCAAAUGGUUUUGAUACUUCGAAGUAUGUGAAAUCAGGACUAAGCAAAGAAGAAGUCUUAAAAAUUAAGGAAUGCUUUGACAUCUUUGAUGAUGAUAAGAGUGGCUCAAUUUCGUAAGCGAAAAUGAUUAUAAAAGACCAAAUGAAAUGAAGAAUGCCAUCAUUGCUUUAGGAAUGGAAUAAUCAGCUGAAGAGAUUGUUAAUAUGAUAUAAGAUCUUGAUUAAGAUGGAUCUAGUUUGAUUGAUUUUGAAGAAUUUUUAAAAAUUUUUGGAUUUUCAGGGUAUUGAUAAUUAAUACAUGCAUUUUAGCACAAUUGAUGAUGAAUAAGUGCUUGAGAAAUUAUAUCAAGAAUUUGAUUCCUCUGGAUAAAGUAAAGUAACAUACGAGGAUUUCAAAAGAAUAAAUGAUUUGGUAUCAGAGAGAUACACAGAUUAAGAAUUAAGAGAAAUGGUUGAAUAUUCAGAUAAAGAUAAGGAUGGCUCAUUAAGUUGGGAUGAAUUCAAAGCUGUUGUUUAGAAAGAGUAUCCAAAUCAAGCAUGAAUUUGAUAUAUCAUAGGAGCAAAAAUAAUAA